AUGCAGGUUUAUCCUGCAGUGUAUUUCACUUGGUUCAGUCUUGUUACUGAUUUCCAAUCUGCCUUUUAUGCUUCUGCCCUUUAUUGGGCAACAGCACUUGGUGUUCCUACAUGGUACCAAAUCUAUCAAAAUUGGCUUCCUUGCCAUAUUCAACAGCUCCAAGAAGAGCAACAACAUUUAGCUGAGGUUUUAGAACUUAUUGGCAUGUAUCAACAUGUACAAGGACUCCAAUGCUUACUUCCUCCAGCUCCCAAGAUUCCCAAGCAAAUCAUGGAGCUUCCAAAUGAAGUUCCAGAUCUAGAAAGGCAUGAGGUUCCUGCAAUGUUCCUAAAUCCACCAGAACAGCCUCCACAUUACCUCCUUCUUGCUAUUCCUGAUCAAGAUGAUGAAGCAGAUCUUGAUCUGGUUCUGUGGUAUACAGAACAAGAGGAACCUAUAGCUCUGCCUCCUCCUGUGCAUAUGCCCACUCCUGAACCAGAAAUGGUUCAGGAAGUGUAUGAUGCUCUUGCCACUGCAGAAGCAGUUGCUGCUGAGAUCAAUCUCGCUGAUUUAAAUGCUGCAGAGUUCGAACUGUUAUUUUAA